CGCUACCGCAAUUUAAUCGAUCAGGUUGUCAUAGCGUUUUAUCGAUCUAACAUACUUGUAUCGCCGUAUAUUGUUCCUCUACUCUGGAAAAGACGAUAUUACUCGUUUUGGUGAAUCAAUAAAAUUCCAGUAAGUCAAUUUAAUCGAAUAAAUGUCGAAAAAACAGCCAUCCAAAAAUACAAAGCCAUCGAAAAAGCCAUUCACUGUUUAUGCUGGUUCGAAGUCAUCCACAACAAAUGGAUGCACAAAAAGGAAACGUUUAUCCGACGUUGUAAAUUACAGUUUAAGUCCUGAUGAGUUGAAAUCAUGCCCAAAGACGAUAGAACAACCAAUGCGCAAUGCUGACCCAGUCGAAUUGGAAAUUUUGUACAAUGCAGCGGACCGGUCAUCGGGAAAAAAUUAUCUAGCCAAGCGUUUGGAUCAGUCGCCGAGAGAGAAGUAUUAUUUCCCAGAAGCGACCAGCUGGCGAAUCGGAUGGAUUCAGAGCCACAGUUAAAAUUGCAUGAAGUUUUUGAGGUUUUUGUUUGAUUUUAUUUUUAUAGAGAAAACUGUCUUUUCGAUCAAAAAGCCUUCGUUUACAAAAUUCGAGAUUCGUACAAAAUUUAAAACUUAUUCUAAUGGACGGAUAACGUUGAUGUACACCUAAAAUUCUAGAUAGCCCCACUCUUUUGUGAGGCAUCUUCUUUGACAAAACUUUAGUUUUUAUGGACGGAAAUGUCGAUGUACAUUUUUGAUUACGCGUUUUCGAC